AUGGACAUUGCUGACGAGAAAUUCCGAGCUUCCAGCGCUUCGGAGGUGCGGGUUUGGCCGUUCGCCGAAAACUUCUUCUCGGCCCUUCCAGGCGUGGUGCUGCGCCACUUCUCCAUGCUCAAGCCACAGAGCAGCCGCCAACUGGUGCCAUCCAAGUGGACUGUCAAGCUGUCACCCCAUCUCGAGUGCCGUCAACAAAGCACGGGUCCGGAUUUCGAGUUUGAGUCCAUCGUUUAA